AUGAUAUCAGCACAUAUGUACCUAUUGGCAUUAAUGCCAAUUAUGGUUAUAUCUACUUGCAGUAUUAAUUUCAUUGUAUUUUAGGGACGAUUUAAGAAUAAGAUCAUGUCUAUCCAACUGUAAAGGAAUAUUAUAAAUGGGAAAUCAAAAACUUUAUUGAAGGUGAUAAUUUGAUUUAUUCAUUGGAUUCACCUACAUCACUAUUUCAACUUGAAUAACCUUUACAUAAAAUAAGUGAGGCUAAUCAUUUUGCUCGUAUAUAGAAUAUUCAUACUUUUUAGAUUAGAUUGAUAUUGUAGCUACAAGAGCCUUUGAUAUUCCUGAAACUGGUGCUUGGACUAAUGAUUUUGCAUUUAUGGGACAAGAUUAUGAUGACUAUUCUUGGUGGAUAUACUAUUCAGAAGGGUAAUGAAAAAUAAAUCAUUAUAGAAAAUAAAUCUAGAUGAAUAUUGCUCCUUCAUUUACAAAGGAAAUUAAUUUCUUAAGUAACAAUAUGCUUAUGAAAUGUUUGGAUCUUGAAUAUAUAGACAGAGAUACAUUUUUAGUUGAUUGCAUUGAACCAGGUGAUGAUACAAAGCCAGGAAAGAAUUAUGUUUAUAUAAUAAAAAAGGGAGAACCUCCUAUUAUUACAGAGAAGACAUUUGAUUCUAUAAAAUAUAAAAUUGUUAAUGACAGAAAGGUAUAAUAUCAUGUUUACAAUGCUCAAAAUAUUGGUGAUGGUUUUUCUGAUGAGGAACCUCUUAGAAUCUUAUUGAGAGGUCAAUAUGCUUAUGGAACUCCAGGAAGCAGUAUAACAAAUCUUGAUGGUGAUUGUAUAAUUGAUUUAUUAAAAAAUAAUGCUUAGAAUGAAAUUGUAGAAACUGAUAAGCAUUUGGAUAAAAAACAAUUGAUACAAGAUUUAGGUAUUAAACCAGAAGAUUAAGAAAAUUUUAAAUUUACAUUGAUAGAUUUUAAAAUAAUGCCUAAUGGUGAUAUUUAUAUAUUGGAUGCAUAUAAUGGUAUAUAUAUAUAUUUUGUAAAUUCAAAAUUUGAAUUCAAAUUUAAGAGAAAGAUUGAUGUAGGAACAGAUUUAGCUUAUGCAUUUGAUGUUAAUAAUAAAAUAGAUUAUGAAGGAAUAAAUCAUGUUCAUAUUGCAGUAGUUCAUUAGAAAUCAGUAAUUGAAUAUAUUGAUGGAAUAUAAAAAGGAGGUUGGUUGGAUGCAUUCGAAGCUAAACAUCCUUCAUUUAUUUUUGCAAGUCAACAAUUUUUAAUUGUAAAUCCAGGAGGAAAUACUUUUUAUAUAUAUAAUUCAGAUCAUCAAUACUUAAUUCAUACAGAAACUUUACUAACUAAAAUAUAUUUGACAAAUCCCUAUGAACCAGAUUUGAUUGCUAUCACAAACUCAUUUGCAUAUAGAUAUGAAGUUGGAUAUGCAAGAUUAGCAGUUCAUUCAUAUGAUGCUACACUUGGAGAUAAUGAAGUUAAAUUCUCAGCUAUUGGAUAAGAUAAAAAAAAAUGUGAAGCAUCAUUAAAAUAUUAAAUUAUUAAAGAAGGUGAUACAAACAUUUAUCCUGUUGAUCAUGAUCCAUUCCCAAAAGUAAUGUAACAUCCUUCUGAUCCUAUUUUUGUUUAAGAAUUAGCAGCUGGACCAAAUUUGAUAUAUACAAAUGGAGAUGAUUCAUAAAAAGAUCAUGUUAAUGUUGACAUUCAUACAGUUUGGGAACUAAAUGUGACUGGAUUGACUUUUCCAACUGUAACUGAUGUGGCAUAUGCAGAUAUACUCAUAGAUCCACAUUGGUCUGGAGCACAUAAAUUUUGGUUCCUUUAUUAAUUGGAAUCAAAUAAAUAAGUUGAAAUUUUUGAAUGUACAACCAAAACAUAAUUAUCAAGAGAUGUUCAUUGUGAAGAACAUGCUAAAUUCAAAAUUCCAAAUUUAUUAAAUCCAAGUACAUCUUAAUUUGAUUGGGAUGCAGAAGAAGGGGAUGUAUUAACAUUUUAAUUUAUUGAACAUGAUUAUUAAAUAUCAGUCUAUGAAAGUACUCAUGAUUAAUCAUCUCCAUUAUUUGCUAUAAAAUAUGAUGAAUUACCAGAAAAUAAGAUUACAUCAUUUACUGUUUUAAGAAAAGCCAUCUAUGUUGUAUUACCUAAUAAAAAAGAAGUUGAUGCUUGGUUUGGAUUCUUUCCAACUCCAACAAAACAUAUAAUUUCUAGUUAAACAAUGAAAGAAUAAGGAAGUGAUAGAAUAUUUGAACCAAAAAGAGUAUUUGGUAAUCCUGCUCUCAAAAGUGAAUUUGUAUUAAUUUAAUCAAAAGAUUGUAUUUUCUUUGGAGACAUGAGAAAUACUUUUACUUUAAUUUAUAUAUUUGAUAUUAUCCCUGGUGCUGAUGUUAGAGUAUAUUUAGGAAUGAAAACAAUAUUUAUUGUUCAAAAAAGUGAAACAUUAGGAUUCAAGAUCUAAGAAUAUAAUUACGAGAAAUUGAGUAAUAUAUAUUUGAUGAAGGAGUUACCAUUAUAUGAUUAUGUUAUUCAAACACCAUUAACAACAGAUUAUUGUUAUUAAACUGGAUUCUUAUUUGUACGUGCCUUAGAUCCAUCUACAUAAGAAACUGUAAUAUUAGUUUAUGAAUCAGAUGUUUUAUAUUAAUUAUCAUUACACAAAGUAGUUAAAACACAUUUAAAAAUUAAUGAUGGUUAAGUUAUGAAUAUGGCUGCAGCUGGACAUGAUUAAAUGUACAUGUAUGUCAAUAAUCAAUAAAACAUUUAAAAAAUGAUUGGAUUUUUAAGGGAUGCUAUUGCUAUAUUAUAACCAUCACAUCUAUCUAAUCAAUAUGUUACUUAAUUAAUGGCAACUGUUAAUAUUACUAAUUAAGUAAUUACAAAACCUAUGUAAAUUUCAUAUCCUAUUAAAUAUAUAAAUACUUAAACUUACAUUAGUAUUGAUUAAAAUGAAUUGUCUAAAUAAAAUGGAUAAUUUGUAUUCACAAAUCAAACUGCUGAUUAAUAUUUAGAAAUAAAAACAACUGGAUGGUAAUCUGGAUAAGUAAUUAAAUAUGAUGCUGAUUGUAAUUCAUGUGAAUCACAUUUAAUCUAAAUGAUUAAUACAAUUUAUCAUAUUACAGAUGGAUCAUAAUAUUAAUAACAUUUUAUUGAUGGAGUUGCUGCAGGUACAGAAAUGAUCUUCUAAACAAGUGAUUCAAUAAUUUUAUAAGAUGCUACUGGUAAAUGGAUAGGAACUCAUAAAUUACCUGUAGGAAUUGGGGCUGAUUGUAGAUCUAUAACAGCAACUGAAGAUGGAAAAGUUGUAUUUAGUGGAUGUGAAGAAAGAGGUACUGUUAAUAUUUAUUUAACAUUUUGUGAUGGUAAAACAUGUACUGCUGCUACACCAACAAUGUAAUAGAUUGGUUAUAAUGCAAAAUAUCCAUCAAAAUUAUUAUAUAAAGAUGGAAUUCUUUUUGUUUUGGAUAAUAAUAAUAAUGAUCCUUAAUAAUAUGAUGGAACUGUUAGAGUUCAUAAAGUUAAUAUAAAUUAAGAAGAAAAAACUUGGAGUCUUGAACCUGGGAAAAUUAUUGAUUCCAGAUUUUUAAGUACUGAACCUACUAUACCAUUUUAACCAGCUGAUUUUGAUGUUAUCAAAUAUGAAGUUGGCAAUGUGAAUUAUUAUAAGAUAUUAUUAUCCAGUGCUCUAUAUAGAGUUUGGUUUGUUGAUCUUUAUUUUGAUAAUGGUACCAUUAAAUUUGGAUAGCAUGAUAAAUUUGAUCUAUUUGCUCUUAUAGACAAAAACUUUGCAAUAAAAAGUCAUACUCGUUUCUAUUAAAUUAGAGCAAUUAAAUCAACCAAAAAAGAUAAGUAACUCUUAACAACUGCUUUAAUAUCUACAAAUAUUAUGGCUACUUAUGCUGUCACAUUCACAUAUGAUAUUUCAGAUCCAUUUAAAGGAGCACCUGUAUAAAUUGAUGCCACUGUUCCAUUUUUGCUUGCAAAUUACGGAACUUGGAAAUAACUUAAUAAACUUACACUUUUUGAAGAUCAUGUUGCUAUUGCUUAUACUAAUUAAGAAAGUAUUUUAGCUGCUGUUUAUUUAUUACCAACCAUUGAUCAUAAUGCUAUAUAAGAUACUUAAACCAAAGUUGUCACACUUAUAGGAGGUGAAGAAGAUUAAUAAAUGACACAAAUCUCUACUUAAUUUGUUAUGACUCUCUCUAAAGAUGCUACAUAAUCAAGAGUAAUAUUAUUAACUUAAGUUUUAUUAGCCUGUACUCCAUACUAAUCUUGUUUUUAAUAUUGCAUAAAAAGAAAAUAUGUUAAUUAAAUAUGGAAUCACUGAUUAUCCAAGAUUAUUCAUUUAAAAGGGAGAUUAAAUCAAAGAAUAGAGUGUGUAUAUCACUGCCAGAAAUGAUUAUGGAACUGCCUAAGCUGUCAUUCAUUUAACAAAGAAAAAUCCACCUGGUCCAAAUCCUCCAGGACCAGAUCCAGAUGAUGAUGAUUCGUAAUUAUAAUAUAUAUAUUUUUUUUAGCAAAUCAAGUAGUAAUUGGUGGUGGAUUACCUUAAUUGUUGUUUUUGGAGUUGCUGUAAUGGGUGUUGCUGGUUAUUUUGUCUAUGCCAAAUACUUUAAAACUACAAACAGGCCAUUACAUGUUUAAUCCUAUUGA